ACUUCAUUCUCAUUCUUUUGGUUCACUGUCACAUGCUUUAAAUUUGGCUGGUUACUUACCAAUGUAAGUUAACUAUUGAGUUAACCAGUUAUAAAAAUGUGGAUACAUCUUGCAAAAAUGUUUAAUAAAAGUCCUUUACCUUCAAAUUAGUGGUUGGAGUGAAAGUAAACAACUUUAAUUUAAGAAGAAACGAGAUUUUAAAUUCAAAUCUCACAAAAGUGAGCUUAAAAUGAGCAAGCUACUUCUUCCAUCAAUAAUUGCCGCAACUAUCUUGUUAUUUAUAUUGGUAUUGUAUAUUUUACUGUAUGCGUUUUUCAUUCAAAUAGUUUAUCCGAUUGAUUCAACUCCUGUUGUCAGGAUAUCAAAUGGACCUGUUCAAGGAAAAUUCAUUGAAUACGAGAAAGUAAAAGUUGCCCAUUUUUUGGGCAUUCCGUUUGCUAAACCUCCCAUUGGACCUCUAAGAUUCCAAUCACCUGUUAAACCAGAUAAUUGGACAAGUGUUAAGCAAGUAGUCAACUAUGGAUCACCUUGUUUGCAAAAGCCCAUCGUAACAGAUCAAAGUGAUGAAGACUGUUUGUUUAUCAAUGUUUAUGUUACUGAAUCAACUCUUAAAUCAUCGAACACGUCGUUCUUAAGACCUGUUUUAUUCUGGAUCUAUGGUGGAGCUUUGGCCACUGGAUUCGGCAAUGAAUAUUAUGAUGGCAUUCCUAUGGUUCCUCUGCACGAUGUUGUCCUUGUUACUCACAAUUACCGUGUUAAUGCUUUUGGUUUCAUGCAUUUUGGUGAUAAAGAGCCAAGAAUCCCAGCAAACAUUGGUUUGAGAGAUCAACUUUUAGCUCUUCAAUGGGUUCAAGAAAAUAUCGCUAAAUUUGGUGGUGAUCCUGAUCAGGUGACAAUUUUCGGAGAAUCUGCAGGUUCCAUGUCAGUUUCAGCACAUAUUUUAUCACCUCUAUCCAAAGGUUUAUUCAAAAGAGCAAUACUCCAAUCAGGAACAAUUAUGUUUCCAGUUGAGGAUCCUGAUUACAUCCUGAAUAACAGUUUCACUGUUGUCAGUCGUACUCCAUGUAAUUCAUCUACCGACUUACUCAAUUGCUUACAAAAUUUACCUGCAUCGACAAUCCUUAAUGCUCAAUCUGAUGGUCCUCUUAGAUUUCGUUGGUUUUAUGGAGAUGAUUUCCUUCCUUACAGCCCAUUGGAAGCAUUUUCAAAGGGAAUAUUUGAUAACUCACAUGACAUCUUGCUUGGUGUGGAGAAGAAUGAAUUUACCAUGUUUAUGGGACUUCUCAGUGCUACUCAAUUCAAUCCAAAAAUCGACGUUGUCCUCAAUUACUCACAAGCAGUUGAUUACCUUUCAUUAAUUUUCAACAAAGACUCACUAGACUUUUACACUGAUUUAUAUUUCAAUUCAUCAACAGAUCUUUCAUCGGCAUAUCUUUUGAAACAAUUAGAGAGGGCUUACAGUGAUACCAUUUUAGUUUGUCCAACUUAUAUGUUUGGAAUUAAAUAUUGUUCAAAGGGCGAUCUAGGAACCGGUAAAGUUUAUGGCUAUUAUCAUACACAGAAGCCUGUUCCCAGUCUCAAUACCAUAUGCGAUGACAGUCCCUGGAUGGGUACCUGCCAUGGCGCUGAACUAACUUACGUUUUUGGUCAUCCAUUGAUUAAACCAGGUUAUCCACAAAGAGAUAUUGAUUUAAGUCGUGAAAUGAUGAAAAUUUGGACUUAUUUUGCUGAAUUCGGAUACAUGCCUAGAGUGAAUGAGAAGAAGUGGAAACGAUUGAAUAAAGAUUUAUCAGCAAUGGUUUUGAACAUUGAUGAUUUGGGGGAAGUUGAUCGAGAACGAGUUGAAUUCUGUGUGCGACAAUGGGAUAAAUUCGUUAAAAACAAUAACUUAAAAUUUACAUAUCUUAUGAGUUCUGUAUAAUAUACUUUAAUGUACAAAUUAAUAUAAUAGUCCAAGUAUAUCUGAAGUAUUAAUAGAUCUGAAAAUCGGAUUAUUUAAGAGAUCAAAUUUUUGUAUUUAUGUUACAAAAAUUGAUAUUCUGAUGAUUCGACACUUUAUACAAUGAUUGCGCUUCUGACGAUUUACUCAUUCCAUUCGUUGAUGGCUAAAUUAUUAAAAUGUUGACUACCAUUGAUUAA